GAGAAUGCGGGCGUUGGCAGGCGUUGGCGGGCGUUGGCGGCCAGCGUGAUCAGCUCUGCCCUCCUCCAUCGCAGACUACUUGAUAGCCAGCCCACUAUCGUGCGGGGCUGCCACCACUUUGCGAGCACCGUCCAAUUAGCGCCGCCCGCCGAUGUGAUAUCGCCAGGUGGCUGCUGGUCGAGUCGCUCUUGCAGUCACAGACUGAGAGCACCAUGGUCAGCAACAUGCGUGGCUUGUGGACAGCUCGCUUUCCAUGGCUGUUGCUGCACCUCUCCAACGGGACAUCUCGGUUCCCUCGAAUAGGUACGCAGCGGCCGUCUUUCCAAAUGAGGCUGGAGUGGGGCCGGCAUGCACGCCAUCUCGUCUGCUCUGCGGUUGUAGCGCUUCUGCGGACCAAGCAUCACCAGCUGCACGGCCUGCAGCACCACCAUGCACACGGUACCGUGCCGAGCUCGCAGUCGACAGUUGUGCGAGCCGCUGAAGGAACGGACAUCUGUUGCCGGUCUUCCUCAUGUCAGCUUCGUAACACACCACAACAAACAUCUCAUUGUCCGAGCAACCCGGUAGCGCUUUGUCCCACCUGUCGUCUGUGGUACACGGCCCGUCGACGAGCCUCAUGAUUCAUCCGACCAGUACAACGACUGGAGAACGUCGAUGCAGCGUGUCCGUGCCAGCAGGUCCGUUCUGCAGACUGUAACGGUCCUGACACCCCUGCCAUGUCUGCCCAUUCUCCCGUAACGGAGGCACAGCCCUUCUUCUCUCAACAUCUUCAGCGGCACGUCUCGGAACAGCUCAACUGCGCACAGAUUACCAACCCUUGACAGCA